ACAAAAUCUUUUUUUUUUCUUUUUUCUUUUUUCUUUUUUUCUUUUUUUUUCUUUUUUUUCUUUUUUCUCUCUCUCUCUCUCUUUUUUAUUAUUAUUAUUAUUAUUAAAAUGACUUUAUCAAUUACACGCAGUAGCCGUUCUUCUGUAAAGAAGACAGUUGUACCUACAAUGGAUUUAAACAAGGUGAAAACCUCAGCAGGCACAAUAAAAAAGAAACAACGUAGUUUAAAGGAUGUAGAUCCUAUAAAUCAACAACAGUAUGUCUCUUUUUUUUAUUUUUUCUUAUUUGGGUGGUCCUCCCCCCCCCCUACUUCCCACAUCCUAUUAUUUUUAAUAUAUUAUAUGUUUUUUUUAGGCCGCAAAUGGAAAAGAAUAAUGAAUCAUUGACCACUAAAAUAGAUGCAUCUGAACAUCCAGAAUAUAUCCGUUUAAUGUCUCAACUUGAUCAAUCAAAAAACGAACGUUUACAAAAGGUAGAGAAUUGGAGAAGAUACGAACGUAAAUCCAUUCAUGAUUGGUUCGCAGCUCAAAAGAAACAAGCUUGGGAUGACUUCUAUUUUGCCAAACGAAAAGUUCGCUCAGACCUAGUACAAGAAGUACAGCAUAAAAUAAACAGACUUAAAGGGGAAUUGAUCGCACUGAAUAAACAAUCUCAAGCAGAACAACAAGAAUGUGAUUAUGAAGACUGGGUACCACCAGAGAGACUCUAUGCAAUUGGAUCGUUUGUAGGAGGGGCAUCGAAUGAAGAAAUUGACCGUGAUUUAGUUUAUGCAAGGCAACCCUACAAUGGCAACAAUACACCUAACCUUGUCUAUUCUGACUAUGAGUCGAGAAGUACGACAGAUGAUUAUCCUGACGUUGUUUCCCCUUCGGGCAGAACAGAGAUCGCCUCAACCUCCACAACUACCAUGAAUGACCAUUUCUCAUAUCAACAGACGGGUUUUGAACAAGAAGAGCAGACCAAUUACCCCCCUUUUGAGUUUGAGGAAAUGCCGCAGGACGGAAGAUGUGAUUGGUGGCCUUAUCGUUCCACCACUACAGCGUAGCUCUUUCUCCUUUUUUUUUUUCACCCAUCUUUUUAUGACUUUCUUUUACUCUCAUUGAUUAUUACGCACACCCAUUUCUAUCCUUUUUUUUUUUUUACUCUCUCUCUCUUUCUCUCUUUUUUUAAUACAGUAUAACGCCCUUAAUACAGCCUUUCUCUCUCUCUCUCUCUUUUUUUUUUUUUUUUUUUUAUAGAUUGACCAACUCCUUAUUAUUAUUAAAAACACGUUCCUUUUAAAUAUUUGGUUUUUAGCGAAACAUGUCAGAUUGUCAAGUGCAUAAAUAAAUAACAGAAAGUAAAGAAAAAAAA